UUUUGGCUCAAGUCAGCGCAGGACUCGGCCCCUGCCAGCGUGCCAGAAGAGCUCGCUGUGAAACCGUUUGCCCAGUAAUCCCGAGCUCUCCCCAUCAACCAGCAAGACCAUGUCUGCCUCUGCCGGUACGGUCGCCUCUGUCCUUUGUUUCAUUGCAUCGGUUCUGACCCUACUCAUCGGGCUCAUCCAUUUUGUGCAGAAGGUGGAGGACCUGGACGUCAAAUUCUCGGAUUGCAGCUUCUUCCAGGAAGACUGCAACGGAGGUUGGCGUAACGUGUUUACCUUUAGGCCGAACGUGUUCUUCGACCUUUGGACGCCAAUAGUUUUCGGCUUGCUCGGAAUUGGUUUGCACUGCAGAUUUGUUUAUCACAAGAUCGUGCUGAACUACAUGACGUACGCAUUUUUCAUGAUCGUCACUGCUCUGUUUGCAAACGUGGGCUACGUUGGAUUGUGCGGAGUGUUCACGGCAGCAUUCUCUGUUGCAUGUGCUCUGGUGUGCGUCAUAGUGCGCUUGAUGGGUGAGAUGGGCAUCGUGCUCCUUGACCUCGGGAAGUAGCGACCCGUGUGCACGGC